UCCUUCUUAAGAUAUUUAAUAAUAUUGGCCAGUGUUGAGCCUCUACACUACCCAUUCUAAACAUCAGGAGUGUUCCUUCCUAAGCCACAGCCAUGGGUGACGCUGAGAUGGCAGCCUUCGGGCCAGCUGCUCCUUUCCUCCGCAAGUCAGAAAAGGAGAGAAUUGAGGCUCAAAAUAAGCCGUUUGAUGCCAAGACAUCGGUCUUUGUGGUGGAUCCAAAGAUCUCUUUUGCGAAAGGUGCUGUCCAAAGCAGGGAAGGAGGGAAGGUCACAGUUAAGAAAGAAGGUAGUUCAGAGUCUGUGACUGUUAAGGAUGACCAAGUUUUUCCUAUGAACCCUCCCAAAUUUGAUAAAAUUGAGGACAUGGCCAUGAUGACCCAUCUCAAUGAACCUGCUGUCCUAUAUAACCUCAAAGAGCGUUAUGCAGCCUGGAUGAUCUAUACUUACUCAGGUCUCUUUUGUGUCACUGUCAAUCCCUACAAGUGGCUGCCAGUGUACAACCCAGAGGUGGUAAAUGCCUACAGGGGCAAAAAGCGUCAAGAGGCUCCUCCCCACAUCUUCUCUAUCUCUGAUAAUGCCUAUCAGUUCAUGUUAACUGAUCGUGAGAAUCAGUCAAUCCUUAUCACCGGAGAAUCUGGUGCUGGAAAGACUGUAAACACAAAACGUGUCAUUCAGUACUUUGCAACAAUUGCAGUAGCUACUGAUAAGAAGAAGGAGGAACCACAACAAACAGGCAAGCUAAAGGGGACCCUUGAAGAUCAAAUCAUCAGUGCUAACCCCUUGCUAGAAGCCUUUGGGAAUGCCAAAACUGUAAGGAAUGACAACUCCUCCCGCUUU